AGGUCGUGUUCCUGGGGAUGCUCUUUGGCAACCUCGCGUGCUUCAUGAACGACAGCUUCGGGCGGCGCGGGCCUAUCCUGCUGUCCAUUCUCGGCAUGCUGCUCUUCGCAGGCGCAUCUGCUCUCGCUCACGACUUCUGGCCGAUCAUUGUCUCCUGGGCGCUCGUUGGCGUCACCUACGGCAUCGGCGUACCAACGUUCAACGCUCUUUGCAUGGAGACCACGCCCUCGGGGUGGAGGUUCCGCGUCAACGCCGUGGCGAUGGCGGUCUUCUGCGUGGCGUCCACGCGGGCGGCCGACGCCCACCGGGGGCUGCGCGGCGCGCGCGCGUGCUGGGGAUGGUCCAGUCGGGCGCGCCCCUCCACGGAAGGAGGAGCGUUCAGAAGCACUGCAAGCAUUAGCCUGGGGGCGAUGGUUCUAUCCUUUGUUGGUGAUGUGCUGCUCAUGGCUUGGCUCCUCUCAGCUCUCUUCCAGAGUCCGCCUGGAGGAGGACAUGCCCGACCUGAGCCGCGCCUGCUGUCCCCAGGGGCGCGUGCCGCUGCUGCCGGCGCUGCUGCCGCUGCCGCUCGGCGGCGGGCGAGGGGGGGAGGCGAGAAGGAGGAUGCCUUCUCAGAAGGCGACGUGGCUUCUCAGAAGGCCUCCGGCUUUCCCUGUGUUUUGGGGGAGGGCUUAGAACACUUCUCAAGAGGCCAUGGGCUUCCGAGCCUUGUGAGAAGGCCCGCCCCUUCCCCCUUCUCACUUCCCCCCUUGGGCUCGCCGCCGCGCCGCUGCUGUUGCCGCUGCUCCUCCCGUGCGGGGCGUCCAGGAUGGAAAGUCGUUCGACAUUUGAGCCGCGGUCUCUGGCACGCCACAUUGUCUGAUCACUUCAUGGUGGCCAGUACGUCUCCUCGGCAUAAGAAGCGGUAGUGCGUCAAUACACCAGCCGAUGCUAUACAAAGACGUGCCUCAUUGUGGAACUGGACACGAAUGUAUCAGUUGACGCAUGUUGAAUUGCCAAUCAUGUCAAGCUCUUGGCCACUCCAAGUGCUAUACUUGAAUGGAUGUUCCCUGGCAGUUCCCGGGCAGUCGUGCCUUAUGUUGAGAAUGUCAUGCCCAAAGGCGGCUGCUAUGUUAUACAUCUACGCGCCUGAUGUGGUCCACGGGUGAGGGAAUGAUGGUUGUAUGCAGUCUCUCAUUUCAAGUCGAAGGCCUCACCUUUCGCUUAUACCUCCGCUCUUACCCUGUGCUCCACCCGUCCUUCACCCUUCUUUCAACCGCCUGUAUCCCACCGCCUCAUUUUGUACCUCUCCUCUCUCCACAACAAGUUGCAAUGUUCUUCGUAAUUUGGCACGGUUGCUAGUCCUGCUGCUGACCCGCGUGCAUCCACAUUCUCUCCAUGGAGCAGUAAUGGUGAUAUUGAGAAUCGUGCCAUGGAGGGAAGGCUUGUGUCUUUCUCUAAGUGCUGUUCAGAUGCCCGCAUCAUGUUGCACACUAGCUGUUCGUGCAUUUGCGCACUGGUACCUCCUUAUUGUCGAG